AUGACUUGCCUCAAAGUGGCUGACUUUCCUAUUGGUAACCUAGUAGCCAACAGUAAGCAAGACAGUGUGCGUUACCAUAAUCUGAACCCAAACUACGUCCAUGAGCGUCUAAAACAGCUGGGCCAGAGUUUCAGCCUCAGAGUUCUGCAGGUUGACUUGAAAGGCCCUCAUCAUGCAUCAAACGAGCUUGCACGAAUAUGCAUCAUGGUUGACUGUACACUCAUCUUGGCCUGGAGUCCUGAAGAAGCAGGCCAUUAUCUUGAGACCCAUAAAUCCUAUGAGAAGAAACCUGCAGAUCUGCUUAAGGAGCAAGUGGAGAAAAAUUACCUGUCCCAGGUUACAGAUUGUUUAACCACAGUGAAGUCUGUCAAUAAGACCGAUGCCAUGACUCUUUGGACUCUAAGGAACACAGUGGAGGGCAUCGCUAAAGCUUCUAAAGAGGAACUGGUUUUAUGUCCAGGACUCGGUCCACAGACCAAGAAAAAGGAAAGUUGA